UCUGUUGUUACAUCUGAAUCACCGAUGGACAGUAAAGGAUUUUAUUCUAAUAUUAACUUAUUAAACAUUUACUUAAUUAAUAAACCUACGUGUUAAAGUCUGAAAAGUUUCAUAAACUUUAAGCAAAGUGAAAAACAUCCUGGUACUUCUUGCUCAGGUGGCUGCUCACCACAGGAAGCUGAUUGGUCGAUCAUUUUCGGCUCGUUUCUGAUUGGCUGACAGGAACACCUGUUGCACCUGCCUGUGGAGCAGCAGAAAGUUUGUCCGCCGCUCAGGAGUCGCUUUGGACCGGUCCAUUGUUCCGUUAGAGAGGGGGGAUCCGGGAAGUCCGGCCCGGAACCCGGAGGCAGGCAGCGGGAGCGGCGGGACCGGCCCACCUGCCGCGGGGAGCCGUGGAGUCUUCCACGGACUCAGACAAACUUCCACUCCGCUGAUAAACCCGCUCCGGAUCGGAACCGGUCCAGCGGCCGGAAACAUGGCAGCGAGGCUCGAACCGAGCCGGGAGGAACUUCUGGAAGUGAACAUAUGUGAUCGCAGCGUGGGCUCCGAGGAGGAGAGCGGCGUGUUCAGCCACUCCGCGGAGGAUUUCUGCGGCUUCCAGCAGUGGAUCCACAAUGACACAUCAUCAUCAUCAUCCUCACCUUCACCACGUCCGGCGGAGCUGCGGGACCCGGAGCCCGCGGCCCCACGCAGCUCCAUCGUGGACUGUCUGCUGGUGGAGCUCUACGACGCGUUCAGCGGCGGCGGCGGGCGGCGCACCGCGGACAGCUGGGACAGCUCCACCGGCUCCGGCUCCGACACCCUGCCGGCCCGCAGCAGCUCCGGCUGCGGCUUCCUGCAGGAGCUGCAGGAGCGGCACACCCGGCGGCUGCAGAUGACAUACCUGGCCCAGAAAGACCUGCAGGAGCUGCGCUCCAUCAUCCAGGAGGUGAAGCACCGCUCCGGCCUGCAGUCCACCAAGCUGCUGCGGCAGCUGAAGAGGCGGGACCGGCUGGUCCACAAGCGCCAGAAGAACUAUGACGUCAUCACGGCGUGCCUCCAGGCCGUGUCCCAGAAGAGACGUGUUGACACCAGGCUGAAGUUCACCAUCGAGCCGUCGCUGGGAAACAACGGCUUCCAGCAGUGGUACGAUGCGCUGAAAGCUGUGGCGCGGCUUCCCACCGGGAUACCGAGGGAGUGGAGGAAGAAGGUUUGGCUAACGCUAGCGGACCGCUACCUCCACAGCAUCUCCAUCGACUGGGACAAAACGCUUCGCUUCACCUUCAACGAGCGCAGCAACCCGGACGACGACUCCCUGGGCAUCCAGAUCGUCAAGGAUCUGCAUCGCACCGGCUGCAGUUCUUACUGCGGCCAGGAGGGGGAGCAGGACCGGGUGGUUCUGAAGCGGGUUCUGCUGGCCUACGCCCGCUGGAACAAGUCGGUGGGUUACUGCCAGGGCUUCAACGUGCUGGCCGCUCUCAUCCUGGAGGUGACUGAAGGAAACGAGAGCGACGCGCUGAAGGUGAUGAUCUACCUAAUCGACAAGGUUCUGCCAGAGAGCUACUUUGCCAACAACCUGCGAGCGCUAUCAGUGGACAUGGCGGUGUUCCGGGACCUGCUGCGGCUCAAGCUGCCCCGACUGUCUCAGCACCUUCAUCACCUGCAGAAAGCGGCCAAUCGGGAGGCUGGAGGCAGCUACGAGCCGCCGCUCACCAACGUCUUCACCAUGCAGUGGUUCCUCACCAUGUUCGCCACCUGUCUACCGGCGCCGACCGUCCUCAAGAUCUGGGACUCGGUGUUCUUCGAGGGGUCCGAGGUUCUGUUCCGGGCGGCGCUGGCCAUCUGGGAGCGGCUGGGGGAGAGGAUCGAGGACUGCCAGACGGCGGACGAGUUCUACAGCACCAUGGGCGGCCUGACCCAGGAGAUGCUGGAGCAGAACCUGCUGCACCCGGCGCAGCUCAUGCAGGACGUUUACUCCAUGGCGCCGUUCCCGUUCCCCCAGCUGGCCGAGCUCAGAGAGAAAUACACCUACAACAUCACGCCGUUCCCCACCGCAGCCAAGGUCAACACCAAGGUCAACGCAAGCAGCGGUCCGUCCGGUUGGGACAGUGAGGAAGACGCCGAUGUGGAUGAUGAUGACUCUGUGGCGACGGCCCUGGGCUGCUUGGGGCCCCUGGGCGGCCUGCUGGCCCCUGAGCUGCAGAGAUACCAGAAACACCUCAAAGACCAGCGAGUCGAGCAGGGCAGCAUCGCCGAGCUGAGCCCGGGCGCCGUGGGCGGAGCCGCCACAGGAAGUGGUCGUGCGGAGCAUCAGGCGGCCGUCAACAGCAUGAUGUUGGAGCGGAUGAGCACCGACAUCACGGCGCUGAAGAAGCAAUAUGGCCGCAUCAAGCGGCGGCAGCAGCAGCAGGCCAUGCGGCUCUGCAUCCGCACAGGACCCGGACCCGGCAUGGCCACGAGUCCUGGGGUUCUGCAGGACCGUCUCAACAAACCCGGCAGCGGUUCUGACCCGGACGCUCACGAUAAAUGUCCCGCCACGCAGGUUUUGGCCUCGCAGCUCAACCCGUCCAGCGCCGUCAUCAACCACCUGCUGCUGGGCCGGAAGCCCCGCGGCCCGUCCAGAACCUUCCGGCCCGGGCCGGCUGGCCCGCCGGUACCCGGCUCGCCCUGCAGGCGGCGCCGCGGCUCCAGCAGCACCGGCUCCCCAGGCAGCCGCAGAGGCUCUCCGGGGCGGAACCACGCUCGGCAGCACCGCAGGAACCCGGCCCGGGUCCGGGCCCGGAUUGGGGUCCGAGACUCCGAGGUGAGGGAGGAUGAUGAUGAUGAAGAUGAUGAAGAGGAAGGGGAGUCAGGAUGUGAAGAGGAGGUUAAGGUGGAGGAGGUGGAGGUCCGGCUGGACUCCCUGGACCUGGAGAACCAAGCGACCCAGAACUUCCUCACCGACCCAGAACCAGAACCUGAUGAAGAGGCGAGGAGCGCUGCAGCUCCUCUUCCUCCUCCAGACUCAGACCGACCCGGAGAGCCGGACUCAGCCGGUUCUGAUGGACCUGAUGCAGAACCUUCAACAUCAUCUUCCUCCCCCGGUCCUCCUCUUCCUCCCUCCUCUUCCUCCCCCGGUUCUCCUCUACCUUCCUCCUCUUCCUCGCUUAGUCCUCCUCUUCCUCCCUCCCCCGGUUCCGGUUCUCCUCUUCCUUCCUCACUCAGUCCUCCUCUUCCUCCCUCCUCUUCCUCGGCUCCCCGCCAGCCUCUCUUCUCUCCGUUUCCGUCCAUCAAGCAGCCCAGGAAGUCUCUGGCGGCUCGGAACCUGGGCCUUUACGGGCCGACAUCCAGAACCCCCACGGUCCACUUCCCCCAGCUGAGCCGCAGCCUGAACCGGAGCAGCGCCGCCGGGGCCACGGGCCGGCGGUGAAGAGCUCAGCGGGUCGGAACCGGGCUGCAGUAUUCCCCGGUUUGCACUACAGCCAUAAAACAUUUCUAUGCCAAGUAUUUAUCUGCACAGGAUGGAUGGAGACCUGAAAGCAUCCUGACCCGACGUCCUCCAGAACCUUCUGCUUGUUUCCUAUCACUCUGUUCUGGUUCUGUAGAAACCCAGAAUGUACCGUCUCCAUCUGUCGUAAUGAAAGAAUGAAAGGAAACAUUCAGCUGUGGCUCGUUUCUUCUGUUCUCAAAGAUCUGAACCAGUUCUCUGACCUCAGAUUAAACAACUGAACCACUUUUUCCUUCCACUAAGCUUUCCAUUAAUAUGGUUGGAUCCAGCCCUCUGAUCUUCUGCUGCUUUAGCAUCCUGUUCUUCGUCUUCAGCCAACCAUAUUGAUGGAAAGCUUAGUGGAAGGAAAAAGUGGUAGAAUAAGUUGCGAUCUGAAGCAAAGCCUCCAGAAUCCAAUCAGGGUUCUGACAGUUUUCAUGUCUGAGACACAAAUUUCCAGAUGACUCUAUUAACCAUCUUAUAACCAUCGUAUAUAAUUACUUUUGAUGACAAUUUCUGGAAUAUGUAGCCUGCAGAGUGGAUGGAGAUGAUUGGGAUAUGGAAUAAAAUCUGGAAAAUA